AUGAUAACGACUAUUAUAGAAUAUCCUUUCGAGGAAACUGGUGAAAUCGAAGGUUGGAGAUAUACACCUGGUGAUAAAUUCGACAAAGGUGCAAUUCUUGGCACUUUUAAAUCAAAUAAAAAUGAAUCUGAAUUAAAGUUAAUUUCAGAUUAUGAUGGUGUAGUCAAAAACUAUAUUGUAAAUAAUAAUAAUACAGAUAAAUUAAAUAGAGGGGAUAGAUUAAUUGAAAUUGAAUAUUGUACACAUGAAAUUCAAUUUAGUGGUUUAUGUGCUACAUGUGGCAGAGAAUUAACAGAACAAACAGAAUCAUUAUCAAUUUUGCAUGGUCAUUCACAUUUAACAGUAUCACAUAAAGAAGCUCAAAGAAUUGGAGAUAUUAAUACAAAAAGAUUAAUAAAAGAAAGAAAACUAUCACUUGUAUUAGAUUUAGAUCAUACUUUAAUUCAUGCUGUAACAGAACAAGGUUUAAAUUCAUCACCAAAUUGGAAAAAUAGAAAUAGAAAAGAUUAUGAUAUACAUAACAUUACUGUUAAUGGACCAAUGACAUAUUGUAUAAAAAAAAGACCACAUUUAAAUGAUUUUUUAGAAAAUGUAAAUAAAAACUUUGAACUACAUAUUUAUACAAUGGGUACUAGAAACUAUGCAAAUGAAAUUGCAAAAUUAAUCGAUCCAGAUCAAACAUUGUUUAAAGAAAGAAUUUUAUCAAGAGAUGACGGUAACGGAAUAAACUUUAAAACUUUACAAAGACUGUUUCCAUGUGAUGACUCUAUGGUAUUAAUUGUAGAUGAUAGAUCAGAUGUUUGGAAAAAAUCUAAAAAUUUAAUUCAAAUUUCACCAUAUGUAUUUUUUACUGAUGUAGUAGAUUCCUUACACCAUGAAAAACAACCAUUAUUAAUGCAACAACAACAAGAAAAAGAAAGAUUGGAAAAAGAAAGAUUGGAAAAAGAAAGAUUAGAAAAAGAAAAGAAUGAAGAAAAUAAAGAAGAAAAUAAAGAAGAAAAAAAAGAAGAACAACAAAAAUCAGAGUCAACAGAUACAACUACAGCAGAUACUACAGCAACAACAGAUACAACCACAACCGCAACCACAACCGCAACCACAUCAACAUCAACCUCAACCACUAUUGAUACAGAUGAUUUGAGUAGCAUUAAAAGUACAACUACAAGUAAUGAUAAAAUUAUUGAUAAAGAGUCAUUUCAAAAGAAUGAAGAGGCAGAUUGUCAUCUAUUAAUUGUAUUAGAUAAGUUAACAAAGAUUCAUGACUUAUAUUAUAAAUCAAAAGAUAAAAAUGAAAAGCCUCAUGUUAUUCAAAUGGUAGACAUAGUCAAAAAAGAAAUAUUAAAGGAUCAAUUCAUAGUUUUUAGUGGUGUUUACCCGUUAGGCACUCCAGUAAAUAAACAACCAUUAAGAUAUUUAGCAGAGGAAUUUGGUGCUUCAGUAGAGAACGAUAUUACAUCCAAAACUACUCAUGUUAUAGCUCAGCGUAAAGGUACAUCAAAAGUUAACAAAGCCAUAUCCAAAGGUUUGAAAGUAGUCUCGCCACAAUGGCUUGUGGAGUCCACUAGAAUUUGGCAACGUGCUGAUGAAAAUGAUUUUAAAUUAGAAGAUGAUGAUGGUGAACAGCAGCAACCAAAAGAAGAUGAAGUUAAAGCAACAUUAGAAAAAGCCGCAGAAAAUCUUUUAAAUGAAGGUGUAAUGGAGGCAUUCGACGAUGAUGCAGAAAAAGAAUUAGAGGAUUUUCUAGAUGGAGAAAGUGAUUUAGAUAGUCAAGGUAGUAGUAGUAAUGUUAGUGCCAAUUCAAGUGAUUAUGAAAAUGAUGAUGAAGAUGAUGAUUUUAAUGAAGAGGCAGGUGAAAACGAUGUAGAUAAUAAUAGUAAUAAUAGUAAUCAAAAUAGUCAUACUACCAAUGGUGAUGGGAAUCAAUCAAACAGUUUUGUAAAUGUUAAUAAUAAUAGUAAAGUUUUAAAAAAAAGAAAAAGAGAAUCUUUAAGCAGUAACAGCAGUGUCAGUAGUAUGAGUAGUAAUAGUAGUAGCAGUAGUGUCAGUAGCAGCAGUGAAAGCAAAAGCAAUUCAAGUAGUGUAAAUGGCGACGAUAGUAUUCCUAGCUCACCAGAUUCAAAUAAAGGGGAGGAUUUAUUUGAGGACGAUAUUGCAGAUUUCUUAGAAGCCGAGUUAGAUAAAUUGGUAGAAUAA